ACUACCAGAAGUCAAUGCUCAAGCCAAGAACAUUACCAAGAGUUCAGACUUUACAUCUCCAUUUGGGAGCAAUGAGUGCAUCGAUAAUGGAUAGCCAAGACAGCUUACCAAGAGUUCAGACUUUAUCAGAGAGUGGAAUCCAAACGGUUCCUCUCCACUAUGUCAGAACAGGGCUUGAGGCCUCCAAGCCAUGCAACACACAGGUUCCUGUCAUUGAUUUACAUGGCUUGGAUGCCCAACAUCUUCAACAACAGGAGACCAUUGCAGCAAUCUCAGGCGCUGCACAAAACUGGGGCUUCUUUCAGAUCGUCAAUCAUGGAAUCCCACUACCUCUUAUUUCUCGCGUCCAAGCCCUGGGCAAAGCCUUUUUCGAUCUUCCACUUGAAGAAAAGGAAGUGUGUAAAACCCAACAAUCUGGGAAACCUGGUUAUGGAAGCAAACUAGGGUAUUCUCCAGAUGCCAAAUUGGACUGGGGAGAUUAUUACUGGAACAUUGUUUGCCCUCCUGACAGAAGGGAUAUGUCCAAAUGGCCCAAACAGCCUUCUGAUUUCACGGAGGUUAUGGAUGAAUAUACUAGAGAGAUAUACAAAUUGUGGGAAGUGCUGAUGCAGGCACUGAGCAGAGGAUUGGGAUUGGAGGAUGAAAAUUCAUUGAACGAGGCAGUGGGUGGAGACAGCAAAGAAAUCCACGGCAGAAUUAAUUAUUAUCCACCAUGUCCUCAGCCAGAAUUGGUACUCGGACUUUCUCCUCACUCUGAUCCCAACGUUCUUACAUUUCUUCUCCAUGAUGAAACCCCGGGCCUGCAAAUUCGCAAGGAUGGAAAUUGGGUUGAUGUUCAAAGUGUCCCAGGUGCCCUCAUUGUUAAUAUUGCUGAUGCACUAGAGAUAGCAAGCAAUGGAAGAUACAGGAGUAUUGAGCACAGGAGUGUGGUGAACAAGGAGAAAGCGAGGAUUUCAUGGGCCAUGUUCUGCCAUCCACAUGAUGAAGUGAUUAUUUCGCCUCUUCCAUCUUUGAUUGAUGAAGACCAUCCUGCUGUGUACCAAGGUUCGUCAUGGAAAGAGUAUCUACAAAGUUUUUUCAUCAAAGGACUGGAUGGAAAGGGGUAUAUUCAUCAACUACAACAUUCCUGAUUGCUACAUUUGCCCUGCACCAUUAACGUAGAUAUUAAUUCUCAGAACUAUUUUCUUAGAAGAUAAUGUCUUCUCAACAACUCUUACCUCUAGUAUUAUUAUCUUAAAACUUUAGAAUACUAUGUUCCUUCCAUGACUUGAAAGAUUUGGAUUUGUUUAAAGAAAGUGGAUGUCAAUUUCUAAAGAAAGUUAAGUGGGUUACUUGUUCAA